AUGGCCAACCUGCCAUCACUCCUGGUCUUCGGAUCGCAGGCGGAAUUCCCCUCCGUGGAGGAGCUUCAGCACUGUUAUGAUGAACUCAUCGAAAAUCCUUCUCUCACUGACUUGAGGUACCAAUUGCGUGAGCUGCCUGGGUUUUGGCAGCGUCUUGUCAACUUCGACCUGGCUUUGAUCGUUGUUCCUGGAACAGAGUACCUCGACUUGUCAGGGGGAGGCAUACAAGGUCUUUGUGUUGGCUUCCUCACUGCCAUCGCAAUUGCCAGUUCGACCAGCGAUGUUACCAUUGGAUCUCACGCCGCCCUCGCACUGCGACUUGCUGUGGCCGCUGGAGCUUAUGUCGACCAAGAUGGGCAGUACUCCUCAACCCCCACAGAUUAUGUUGCUGUGGCAGCCCGAUGGAGUGGACACGACGCUGGCGGUGUCGCAAGGCUUCGUGGGCUUGCAUAUAUCUCGAGUAUCAACGACGCCUCAUCCGUCACUGUCACGCUCCCAUCUGCGUCUUCGGAAUUGUUCGCCGCCCAGGCAAGCGCAGAAGGUAUCUGGACGAAACGAAUUGCGACUCACGGUCGUUUUCACACUAAGCGUCACCUUCCCGCUGGGGAAAGACUGGUCGAACUCUUCAAGGACUCGGAUACGGUUGGCUCGCCCUGCCUCCUCCAAGUGCCUGUACGGGAUACAGCCACAGGUAAGGGGAAUGGCACCGGCAUAAACGGACACAAUACGCAGAACGGCGAACCGGGGCAUCGUCUAUCGUCAAAUUAUCUCUCACAGUACCCUCCUCACUCCAUUGCUGUGGUUGGCAUGGCCGGCAGAUUUCCUGAGGCGGACUCACUUGACGAUCUGUGGGAUCUGAUAAUUGAAGGAAGAUCAACCGUCAAACCUGCCCCUGUAGAGCGUCUUGGCCUGCCUCAUACCGACAAUACCAGCACAAAGUGGUGGGGAAACUUCUUGAAGGAGCCAGAAAGAUUCGACAAUAAGUUCUUUAACAAAUCAUCUCGCCAGGCUCUAGCUUGGGACCCUCAGCAAAGGAUCUUGCUCGAAACCAUUUACGAGGCUUUGGAGUCAGCCGGCUACUUUGGUGCCUCAGGAGUCACGGAGCCUCGCGACUAUGGCUGCUACAUCGGGGCCGUCAUGAACAACUAUUACGACAACCUCUCUUGCCAUCCAGCCACUGCAUAUGCUACCGAUUUGGCUGCCGCCGGCUUCCUCAGUCCAUCAGGUCAGUGCAAGCCUUUUGACGCCGCCGCCGAUGGAUAUUGUCGUGGCGAAGGAGUAGGAGUGGUCGUUAUAAAGCGCCUAUCCGAUGCAUUGAACGAGAACGAUGGUAUUCUCGGUGUGAUUGUUGGCUCUGCUGCUAACCAAAAUCACAACUGCGGUGCAAUCACUGCACCGGACUCGAGCUCUCAAGUCGACUUGUUUCGGUCAGUGGCGAAGGCAGCUGGCGUAGAAGCACAAUCGGUUUCAUACGUGGAGGCCCACGGUACAGGUACUGGUGUCGGUGACCCCGUCGAGGUCCGCUGUCUGCGUCAGACCUUCGGAGGACCCGACAGAACAUAUCCACUCCAUUUUGGCUCCAUCAAAGGCAACAUUGGACAUACUGAAGCAACCGCAGGCGUGGCCGGUCUGAUCAAGGUCCUGCUGAUGAUGAGGCACCGGACUAUUACUCCACAAGCAAGCCACACAUCCUUGAAUCCCAAGAUACCACCUCUUGCACAAGAUCAAAUGAUAAUUGCAGGCGAAGUAACUACUUGGUCAGCACCAACACUUCUGGCUUGCGCCCCUUCGGAACUUCUAAGCUCUCUAGCUUUCAACUUGGCCAACAGGGGCAACCAUGCGCUGUCUCAUGUGUUUGCCUUUGCAGGAAGCAGCAUCACUGAGAUCGAGAACAGUCUCAGUAUGCCAGCAAAAGAUGGUGCUAGACUUGUGCAUAUGGCUCCAAACCGCAAGCCUGUCACUCUCGUCUUCGGUGGACAGGAAACCGUUCAUAUUGGACUCUCAGAGACGAUUUACAAGUCAUCGAAGCUCUUCCGACAACACCUGGACUCAGUCGACAGCCUUCUGUCCGAGAAUGGACUUGGAAGCAUCUUCCCUUCUAUGUUCCAGGAGAACCCUAUCCAGAAUACAGUUCUCCUGCAUUCUGCUCUCUUCACCAUCCAAUAUGCCUCUGCUCGGAGCUGGAUAGAUUUUGGGCUUGAAGUAGACGCAGUUGUUGGCCACAGCUUCGGCUUCUUAACGGCUCUAUGCAUCUCUGGUGUUCUCUCGUUGACGGACGCUUUGGAUCUAGUGGUCGGCCGAGCCUCGUUGGUGCAGACUCACUGGGGGGACGAAAAGGGGUCCAUGCUGUCCAUGCAAGCUACUCGCUCGACGGUGGAAGAGAUCCUCGCAUCUUUCGUUGCCCAACAUGAUCUUUGUGCAGAGAUAGCAUGUUACAACGGACCUGAGAAUCACGUUGUCGUGUGCUCUUCGACCGCCAUGGAAACCCUUCAGGAGUUUGCAAAGAGUCGACAUGUCCGGACAAAGCUCCUCAACGUCUCAAAUGGCUUCCACUCCCGCUUCACAAAGCCGUUGUUACUCCCGCUUGGGGACAUAGCGAGACGACUGCAGUGGAAUCCUCCCAAGAUCCACCUGGAGACUACGGAGGAGCUGCCAAGGACUUCACAGCCUGACUUCAGCAUGAUCGCCCAGCACACACGACAACCAGUAUUUUUCCAGAACGCUAUUGAGAGGCUUACCAAUCGCUACAGUCCCUGCACAUGGCUUGAAGCAGGCCGUGGCUCGUCUGUCCUACAGCUUGUCAAGCGAAGCGUAGGCAAUGUGACAGGACAUGAUUUUCACUCGCCUCAGCUGUGUUCCCGAACUCACGCACACGACUCUCUGAUUGAUGUCACAGUGGAUCUCUGGAAUACCGGCUACAAUGUACAGUACUGGCCAUUCCAUCGCACGCAAAAAGCAGAAUACCAGUAUCUCGCCUUGCCACCUUACCAGUUUGAGAGGACUCGCCACUGGCUGGGGUUCACAAGGAAGGAUCAAACGCACCAGGACAACGACGAUACGAAGUUGAGUACAGAAAUCGGCAGAGCUGACCACCAUGAGCUGCUGAGGUUCGUCAAGUACCUGAACGGAGCGGAGACCGAGGCAGAGUUCUCCAUCGACCCGCAGUCUGACCGCUUCCAGAAGAUGGUGAAUGGCCAUAUCAUGGCUGGGGAGCCGCUAGCACCAGCGUCUUUAUUCCUCGAGCUCGCAGCAAGUGCAGCUCUCUUCCUCCAGCACGACACACAAGGGAAAAUGUUCGUGCCCAGUGUUGAUGAUCUUACCAUGACAUCGCCAAUUGGUCCGUCCGAGGGAAAGCAGAUAUCGAUGAUCUUGAAGAGACAAGGAGACACUUCGCCUACAUGGACAUUUUAUAUCGCAACUCUGGAUCCAGAAAAGAUUUCGUCGAAUCGUACUGAACAUGUCACAGGUGUAACCCACUUGCAGAAGCGCGAUGAAACCGCAGCAUCGCGCAUAUUCCAACGCUACGAUACCUUAAUCGGCGGCGCUCGGCGGUACGAAGAACUGCUCAACAACCCUGAGAGCGAGAAGAUGCAGGGUAAUCACAUCUAUCGAGCAUUCAGCACUGUUGUCACAUACGACAAGCUCUUCCACGGCAUCAGGGAAAUCGCAUGCUUGCGUUCGGAAGCCGCUGGCAUGGUCAGACAAUCCAUAACGGGGAAUCGACAAGCAGGAGAUUCGUACAGGCUGUUCGAUACGCCGCUGAUCGACAGCUUCAUGCAGUUUGCCGGGUUUCUGGUGAAUUACUUCCACAAUCCUUCUGUCGACGAUGUCUUCGUGUGUGGAAAGAUCGACCAGAUUACAAUGGGCGGAACUUGGGAUCCGGACGCCGAAGAGUGGCUUGUGCAUUCGUUUAUGAGGGAGGAAGGAGGCCACGCCGGUGUCACGGUUGAUGUGUACGUCACCGAUCUUAAGACUGGGAGGAUUGUCAUGACUGCGUUCGGAUUCCACUUCUCAAAAAUGCAUCGGAGUACGCUGGGCCGCCUGCUCAAGGCUGUGAACCAGCCCGGGGCGAAGAACAUCAACACGGCUCCACGCAUUCAGGACGACGACGAAAAUGACGCUGUUCAAACGCCCAGGUCUCUGGCAUCAUCAAGCUCUGAAAAACGACGGGAGAUAAUUCACAUACUUUCGAACGUCACAGACGUACCAGUGGAGAAGAUCCAAGACGAGAUAGCCCUAGACGAGCUGAGGAUAGACUCACUGAUGGCAGUGGAAGUGCUGAACGACCUACGUGCUGCGAACGGUCUAACAAUUAACUUGCCCAAAUUCCUGCUUUUCCCUAACAUUCGAGCUUUGGUUGAUUUCUGUGACGAAAAGCUCGGGCUUGGUCACACAGCUCCAGUUGGAGAGUCAGCCCCUGAGCCAGCCGCCAAGCUUGAAGUUGAUGCUUCUACGACAUUGGAUGAGCCUAGCAGCUCUACACCGGGAUCGACUGAGCCGCCAUGUAGGGCUGACUGGAGUGCGCAGACGCCGAGCAUCCCCUCCGCCGCGGGUGCUUUCGAAGAAACGAGGCUGAACUACGACCAUCACGCUCAAGCAGCUCAAGCGUCCGGAUUCUGGCAAACCGCCUAUCCUCUCCAAGCACGACUCGUCCUGGCAUACGUCGUGAAAGCCUUUGCAGACCUAGGCUGCGAUCUUGGGGAUCUCCUCCCGGAUAGCAAUCUCCCAGACAUCGAUGUGCUACCGAGGCAUCAGCAACUUCUACGGCGUCUCUACUUGAUUCUCGAAGAUGGAAAACUCAUUUACUCCUCAGACGAUGAUGAUAAAGUCUACAGACGAACCGAAAAAUCUGUCGACUCAACACCCGCGGACACCAUAUACGCGGAGGUCAUUGAUGUACACCCCCAGCACGACUGCGUGCUUCACCUUGUCAAAGCGAUGGGCUCCAGGAUGGCGGCUUGUCUACGCGGAGAGACUGAUCCUCUAGAGAUUCUCUUCGGAGACCAGGAGAUGAAGAAACUGCAAGAAGAUUUAUACGAGUUCUGGCUCUUGCUGCUAACUCCAGCACUCGUCCUCGCAGACUUCCUGGCCAAAGCCACGACGUCCUCGAGUGGGAAUGGGAAGCUUCGCAUCCUCGAGAUUGGCGCAGGAACUGGCGGCACGACGAAGCGUAUCGUGGAAUACCUGCAGAGACUGGAUAUUGACUUCGAGUACAUCGUGACAGAUAUAAGUUCCUCCCUGGUAAACGCUACAGCGAAGCACUUCGCCGGAACCAAAGGCCUCCGUUUCGAGCGCCUAGACAUCGAACAAGCUCCAACUCCCGAUUUCCUCAACGCUUUCCACUUCAUUGUCGCAACGAACUGCAUCCACGCCACGAAAGACCUCCACGUCUCUCUCGGGCACGCCCGGCAGAUGCUGCGGGAUGAUGGAGCGCUGGCACUGAUUGAGAUAACGCAGCCGAUGUUCUGGCUUGAUGUUGUUGUUGGGCUGUUGAGGGGCUGGUGGGCGUCUGAGGAUGGGAGGGAGUAUGCUCUGGUUGAUGAGAGGGGGUGGGAGAGGAGGUUGAGAGAGGUGGGCUUUGGGGAGGUGGGGUGGAGUGACGGGCAUACGGCAGAGGCGAAGACUGUGAGAGUCAUUGCUGCGUUUCCGCAACGCUCAAGAGAAGCUGCUGCUACUCCCGCUUCA